GGCAAAAGAAAUUGAUACUUUUUUAUUGAAAUGAAAAAAAGACUUUGUGCGAUCAAUGAAUUGCCAUUGGUAGAUAAAGGGUUUGUAUUUGUCGGAAAUACAGUGAAAUCCCUGUCUUUACAUUGGAUUAAACUCACCUUAUUGAUCAGUGAGAAUAAACAGAGAAUUUAAAUGUCGCUCGAAGUACAAUAUGCAUAUUUAUGGUGAACGUUCAGUUUUUCAUUUGCACACAAUGUGUGGAAACUUCAGAAAAGGCUCCCCAGCACACAGGAACUAGGUCUGCUUGAAAACAACACUGGUGCCUAGUAAAAGGGCACUUGUUUUAAAAAUUUAUGAUGUUUAAAUAUUUUCAAUGAAGGAGAUUUUUAAAUUUUACGUUGACGUUAGGACAACAAACUUCAGGAAGCAAAUAAACUUUUUAUUUACCAUUAAUUCUAGGAUUGAGCGCUUUAAAAGUAGAGACGAAAAGAUUACAGAUGAAAGUGUGUGUAUAUUUGUGAUGAUGACUCAAUGUUAAAAUCUGACAACUUACAUUUACAUGUUGACAAAGCAACUUGAAUCAAGUGGAAAGUGCUCUCUAGUGACCAGUUUUUACCAUGUCAAAAAGUUAUUCCCCAGAACAUCCCAAGCCAAAACAGUUUUGACACAGACUGAGGAGGAAUCUCCCACAGGUUUAAUGAUUUAUCCUGAUGGAAAGUAGCUAAGAUAAACUUUAAAAAGAUUGUGUAUAAAAGGAACAAAUUUGAACAAGAAAAAAUUUCAAUAUUCAUAAAACAAUGACAUUUAGAAUGAAGAAUUUUAAGCUCCUGGAGAAAGCUGCUAGUGAAUUAGUGAAAGCCAUUACUCUUGGAGAUAUUGAAGAAAUUCAGAAAGUCUUAAACAAGUACAAGAAGCUACGACCAGACAUAAGCACAACCAUCACCUCAGAUGGAACUACAGUACUACACUUUAUUGCUAGAUGGCAUCGCCAGACAAUUUUGGAGAUGAUUCUGGAACCAGGAAUUGAAAUUAAUGUACAUGACAAUGAUGGUGCUACUCCACUUCAGACUGCAUUUCUUCACAACAACCUGGAUACUGCAAAAUAUUUCAUUCAAUAUGGUGCUGACGUGAAUGAAUCUAGCUCUAUUAAAACUGGUGCUAAAAUCAUACACAAAAUGGUGACAACUGGAAGGCUUAAUGCAGCAAAUAUCCUUAUAGAGUGUGGGGCAUCUAUAAACUCAGCAGACAAAAUGGGGCGAACACCCCUGCAUCUUGCCAUGAUCAGAAAUGACUUAAACAUGGCCAAACUUUUGCUGGAGAAAGGGGCUGAGAUAGAUGGCUGUGACCACAAUGGCAUCAACUCUCUACAUUUAUCUAUAAUAUACCAACAUCCAGAAAUAACCAAACUGCUUAUACAACGUGGUGCUGAUAUUUCUUUCAAAGACAAGUCAGGAAUGCUCCCUCUACAUUUAUCUGUGUCUGCCGGGUUCUUAGACAUCACCAAACAGAUACUCAAGAAAAGCAAUGCUCACAUCAACACCAAGGAAAGGCUCAUGGGAAGAACUCCUUUGCAUCUUGCAUGUGCAAUCAACCACCUGCCCAUCACAAAACUACUUAUUGAAACUGGAGCUGACAUCAAUCUGACCACAAACUUUAGAAAAUCUCCCUUACAUAUUGCAGCCACCAACAAGGCACCUGAAAUUGUUACUUUGCUGUUGAGAAAUGAAGCAAAUGUAAAUAUAAUGAGCAUUGGAAAUAAAACAGCUUUACACAAUGCUAUAGAAGCGGGCCAAGUGAGUAUCACUUACUCUUUAUUACAAUAUGGAGCCAACUUGAACCUACGCGAUCUUCAUGGGCAUACGCCUCUACAUUACGCGGCCAGAAUGGGAAGCUCAGACUGCGUCAAUGCUCUGCUUAGGUUCGGUGUCAAUGUGAACAGUUAUGAUAAUACACAGAAAACUGCUCUCCAUUUUGCUGUUAUUAACAACCAUAUAGACACUGCCAUGUGCUUAAUUCGUGGUGGAAUUAAUUUCAGUACGAGAGAUGAGGAAAAUAAAACUGCAAUGGACUAUGAUGAGUCAGGAAGACUGAAUGAAAUAUUAACCAAAAUGUUUAAAGUUUAGAUCUCAAUACUUUAAGUUUAGUGACAGCACUUCAGUGUGAUUUUUUCCCCCUCUGGGAUACCUAGAGUUAUAUACAAGUUUACCCACGAUAGACAACAGUAAUUAUUUAGCAAACAUUUUAUCAACCUAGCUAUCACAGUGUCUAUGCCUGGAUACCUGCUAUUUAACAAAGUGAGAAAAAUAACAUUACUUUUCUUUGACCGAAAGGCGAUUUGAUCUUUUUCCCACAGGUCUACAUGAAAUCUAGAUUGAUUACAGGAGAUUCAAAGGCUAAAGAAAAAGAUUUAAAGUUUAGACAUUAUUUCUCUUUUAAGGAAACAUUUAUGUAAAUAAACCAUAAAAAAAUUCACCAUGAAAAAAAGUUAAGGAAUUUCUCUCUGUUUCAUGUCAAAUUUGACUC